CGUGCGCUUACUUUCCUUAUGUCAGCGCGCGCGCUCACACAGUUUAGCCCGUUUCUGCUGUGGUUUGCUACAUUUUUCGUCGCAGUGUGCUGAUGCCAACCGCAAUAUGGUCAUUCAUUGGCUGAAUUCCGAUGGCGGUUAAUUACACAAAUAAUAUCGAGUUUUAAUCAAUUGUGGCGUCACGGUUAUCUGUCCAUCCGCGAGCCGAAGGUGUCUACAUGUGUAACGCACCGAUUAAGCCGCUAACUACAUUUGGCGGCUAAUUUGUCCGAUGCCGAUUACGGCCAGUCAGGAUCUACGUGUACAUUACAUUGUAUCCUGUGUUUGUAUGUCCAUCGUUUACAAUGGCUUCUUAUUUCCGUCUCCAGUUAAUUGCCAUUCUGUGUUACACUUGUCGAAGGGUGCUUGUGCGCCGCGAACGAGCACAGCGUGUACAUAUUCCCAUCGGCGCCAUCCUAUCCGCAGUUCCAGCGCGUAUCCGCCAUGGCAAGCAGGGAUAGCUGGAGAGCGGAGCAUAUCGUUGAUUACCGGCUUGGUCGACACGCCGAUCGAGAGUAUUUACACUGAUUACCUGCUAUCCUAAGCUGAUCAUUAUAUUAUCCCAAUAUCUGUAUCUAUCGUUUUUCUUGCUCUUUUUCCUGCAAAAUAUAAUGAUAUAGGCUAAUCAUCCGUCCGGCCCCGGUCUCUGUCAUCCGUGGAUGCCAGUGUAAUAUUAUGGAAGUGAUCCUUAUGAUUAUUUUCUUGUUUUCUAUAGCUGUGCAUGGCCAAAGUGAUGAGCGUAAUAUUGUUAAUGUUCCUACAUAUUAUUCCACGACGACAUCGGCUACGGCGGAAUUGACAAGCGCCGAGAUAAAAGAUAAACACAUUAAUCUACUGUAUUUAAAUCAGAGCGGUCUUGAUAAAGUGUCCACUGUAUUGCGUUUGAUUGAGUCUCAAAGGAAGAACUGUUCACCGGGUACGGAACUUAAUCUUACCGGUGUGGUUGAUCAAUAUGGUGUGAAAAAAUUUAGCGGUGAAGCCCAGAUUGCUCUCAAUCGGGCUAAUUUGCUCACACGAUUGUGGAAGUAUUCCCCGGAUAUAUUCUACACUACGGAUCCGCUGCUACGAAACCAAACGGAAUAUCUUUUGUACGCAGCGGUCCGUACAAUGGUAGAAUUAAAUGAAAACAUUUACUCAGCUGGCAACUGUUAUGAUUGGUACCGCUAUCCCGGUUAUGAUAUUUUUUGCCCUUUCGCACUGCGGAUGCCAAAUAGCUUAGAAAUUGUUACGAAGGAUUUGGCGCAAUCAUACGUCUAUGAAGCCUCGGACAAAAAUGAAUGGUUUGAAAAACCAAAGGAGAAGGGAAUUGAAGCAAUACGGCGAAGCAUGAUCAGCAAUAACAACACUAGAAGAGGUGAAAACUACUUUUUCAAGCACAAUUUAACCGAGGAAAUUGUGUUGGUUACGUACGAAGAUGGUCACUGGAGUAAGCCGUACUAUGAUUGCGGCGGAGGGAAUAUAUGGAUGAUGACCUACACUGUGCCUUUCUUUGGAUUUAACUGGACUACACAACAGUACCAUUUUAUGGGAACAAGUGGCAUCGACAUUGAUCUCCGGCGAGUCGAUAUUGACCAAUGUCCAACAAAAGCCGGCGUAACCGAGCCCAAUGUGUUUGCCGGUUCGGCAAAGUGCAAAACGACCACACAGUGCGAACCCAUUUCCGGCUUAGGCUUCAGCCGUGGAUCGUACAAAUGUCAAUGUGUUCAGGGAUUCUACUUUCCUGACAGGUCGGCCUAUAUCGAUGGGCGCAACUAUUUUAAUGGCACCAUUAUCGAGCAGGAAUAUGAGAAAUACCAGCAGGGAUUGAAUAAUUCAUACGAAGACGGUUUCCUCUGCUUACCGUGCCCGGAAGGCUGCACGGAGGGUUGUAAAGAUGCCACGCCCUGUAUUGCCAGCUUAAACUGGACACUGCGGACGGCCAUUCUUGUGGCCGUGAUUAUUGUCAUGGCAUGUCUUCCGGUGCUUUUUUACUUCACUUUCCGCUAUGCCGAAGUUAAAGUGAUCAAAGCCGCCAGUCCCGUCCUGCUGCGACUAGUAUUACUGGGCGCGCUCUUAUUAUAUGGACCAAUUGUAGUACUAUUUCCCGUCCCGACUCUUGUCCUGUGUAACACUCGCACUUGGCUCAGAGGCAUUGGAUUUUCCGUUUCGUAUGGUGCUCUCUUGCUCAAAACAUGGAGAAUCUCCGUGGUCUUUCGCGUCCGGUCCGCUCAAAGAGUGAAAAUUACGGAUAACAACCUCGUAAAGCGGCUCUGCGCGAUCGUAGCUGCAUUCGGGGCAUUUUUAACCAUCCGCACGGUUCUGUCGCCGCCGAUCGUUAGGACCGUUAAGACGGAGAACAAUCUCAAAGCCUAUUUAUGUACGACGGAUUACUGGGAUUACUGCCAAGCGGGAGGCGAAUUACUUCUGCUACUCUGGGGCAUCAAACUGUGCUUUGUCGUUCGCAAAGCUCCAUCGGAGUUUAAUGAAAGCAAAUUCAUCAGCUGGGCCAUUUACAAUGAAUUUCUCCUCUCAUUAUUUCUUAAUAUAUCCAUGUUAUUUCUUCAGAAGAACGCCGAUCCUGAUCUCUUAUACAUCAUCUUUUUUGCUCAUUCGCAGCUCACGACGACCGUCGUGUUGGUAUUACUGUUUGGCAGCAAAGCGUACAUGGUGUACAAAGGUCUCGGGAAAGGUCCCGAGCAGCCGACCGGUGUAAAUAUCGAACAAACACGGAGUAGUGGGAAAUUUAUUACCAAAAAAACCCAGCGUAGUACCUUGCCAUUAACUUCCUCCAGUGUUUCCCAGGCCACCACGCUCAAUACGGACUCUUACAAAGGUCAACUGCCUGGUCACUUAACGCCACAAGAAAUACAGGACGAGUUCAAGCGCCUGUAUCUUCAAUUAGAAUUGCUCAAAUCAAAGAAUAUGCGCCUUGGCAACCCUCAUUUAACCAAGAAGCUCUGCGCCAUGACGGAGGCCGCCAUGGCCGCCGAUCCCUCCUCCCUGGUCAGCUUUGCGACGACAAUGAAUCCCGGCACCAUCACACCGGCCAUGCCCAGUUCACCGUCCAACGGGACGGACGAUCUGGUCACGGCAUCCGCCGAGGCCACCGGCGACACCGACACCAACAAUGAGCAUUCGGUAGAAGACCGGCUACUGCCGCCCGCGGUCAACGCCGUGACGACGCCCACCACGCCACUGGUCACCAUCACCAAAAUCAUGGUCAAUUCGCACAAUGCCGUCCCCCAUAGCUAUCUUCCAUCCAAUCAGACGUCGCCCGCCAAUUCUCCUUCCAAUCCCAGUGCGAAGCUGCCGGAAACGCCGCUGCUGACGCCCAACUGUACCAGUCAGCCGGUGGAGAAUCAUGCUCCCAUUAAAGCAUUUGAUUUGAGAAACAGUAAAAAAGUUUUCGAAAUAACAAUAUAAUCAAAAUUUCAAAAUUGUCAAAAGAUGUUUUUUUGUCUGUUGAGAUGCUUGGUAUUUUGUAUGUAUUUCUCCUCUUGCCACGCAUAUGUGACUGUGACCUACAGAAUAUGCGCACGAUGAUGUACUGUAUGUACCAGGCAAGCGACGGAAAGAUUAUUUCCAUACCGAUACGGAAAUUUACGAGAGUAGCACACGCCGACGCGCGAUGUAUGCAGAGCAGUAUUAUGUUAGAGUAAUAAUGAUACAAAUAAAGUG